UAUCACAUGAUCAGUACAUUAGGACACGGGCAUUGGUGCUGUUUUUAAGAUAUCAGGCUACAUGAACGCGAAAACAAUGCGGAUUGCUGUUUUUGUUCUGAGCUUUAUUUGGCUCGUCAAUGGGGAGCUGCUUGAGGCUGAUCAAGAUGCUUCUGUGCCUGAGGACUGGAUUCUGGUUGAAAGGGUGGGACCUUUGGAGGAAGUGGAACUUAUAUUUGCAUUAAAGCAGCAGAAUGUUAACCAGAUGGAAGAGUUACUGAAACUAGUGUCAGACCCAGAUUCACAUCAAUAUGGGAAGCAUCUGAGUUUGGAAGAAGUAGCUGCUCUUGUUCGGCCAUCUCAGCUGACCGAGAAAGUAGUGCAGAAUUGGCUCCAGAGUCAUGGGGUCAAAAACUGUCACACAGUUGUAACACAGGACUUCCUUCAAUGUGUCAUGACUGUGCAGGUGGCUGAAACAUUGCUCCCUGGCACUAAAUUUCACCGCUACAGGAGAGAUUCACACACUCUGUUGAGGUCAACAUCUCUAUACUCCGUUCAUGAAGAUGUGCAUCAGCAUCUAGACUUUGUGGGUGGUGUUCACCGUUUUCCACCAAAAGGAAAGGAUAUCAGUAAAGGCUGGGAAGGAGCAAGACAAUCAGCAUUAGGCUAUCACUUGGGCGUCACCCCCUCAGUCAUUAGGAGUCGCUACAACCUCACAGCAAAAGAUGUGGGCACUGCCACCAACAACAGUCAGGCAGUGGCACAGUUCUUGGAGCAGUACUACCACCCCGCUGACUUGGCUGAGUUCAUGAGUCUGUUUGCUGGAGGAUUCACACACAUGUCAGCUGUAGAGCGGGUUGUGGGCACUCAGGGCGGUGGGAAAGCCGGCAUUGAGGCCAGUCUGGAUGUGGAAUACAUCAUGAGCAGUGGAGCAAACAUUUCUACAUGGGUCUUCACAAAUCCAGGUCGUCAUGAGUCUCAGGAGCCGUUCCUUCAGUGGAUGGUGCUGCUUAGCAACAUGUCUGCAGUGCCUUGGGUCCACACUAUCAGCUAUGGAGAUGAUGAGGACAGCCUUUCUGAUGCCUAUAUGAACCGCAUCAACACUGAGUUCAUGAAAGCUGGCCUCAGAGGGAUUUCCAUGCUCUUUGCUUCUGGAGACAGUGGAGCAGGUUGUAGACACUUGACCAAGGAAAGAAAUACUUUUAGACCGAGUUUUCCUGCAUCCAGUCCCUAUGUGACCACUGUGGGGGGGACUUCUUUCAAGAACCCCUUCAAACUUACCUACGAGGUCACAGAUUACAUCAGUGGAGGUGGCUUUAGUAAUGUGUUUGCAAGGCCAGGUUAUCAGGUUGCUGCUGUUGAAGCGUAUCUGAAGAGUGUUCAGCCUCUACCUCCUCAGACAUAUUUCAACAUCACUGGAAGAGCCUAUCCAGAUCUAGCUGCGCUUUCUGACAACUACUGGGUUGUUACCAACCGUGUACCCGUACCAUGGAUCUCUGGAACUUCGGCAUCAACUCCAGUAGUGGGCGGAAUUCUCUCCCUCAUAAAUGACCAGCGCUUCCUGAAGGGUCUUCCCUCAUUAGGAUUCAUCAACCCUCGCCUUUACAAACUGCAAGGCAAAGGUCUUUAUGAUGUAACAGAGGGAUGUCACCUGAGUUGUCUGGAUGAUAAAGUUGAAGGGAAGGGUUUCUGUGCCUCCCCUUCAUGGGAUCCAGUAACGGGAUGGGGAACACCCAAUUAUCCUGCUCUUCUUAAAGCUCUUAUGGAUUGAGCUGCUGCUUGUUUAGUCAGAUUGCAAAAGAAAGGUCCACCCUUUUGCACACAUUUUUUUUUUUUACUCUAUUUUGUUUUUUCAUUUUUUUGCUGAAUCAUCUAAAUGAUGAUGCAUUGUAUAAUCAUAUCAAGAUAUCAUAGCUGUCAAUCAUCUAAUAAUCAUUUUCACAAAAUAAUG